CUGCCGUCGAUAUCAACAAGGCCCCUCACCAUCCCGCGGCAAGCCCAGCAAAGCCGUCGUCGUCGGUAGCUCGCUAGUACGAGUGCCCUAAGGCGAGGUUGGGGCGCACGUUUCAUCUUCCUGCACUUCUCACCUCAUCGCUACAUACUAUCGGUAUCUUUGCAUGUGCUCGUUUAGCCUUCAGCGCAGACACCAGUGCCGCUUUGACAACAUCGAUGGCUACAGCAUGGCUCAGUGAAAAUUCCCGUGAAUCUCCGCCCUAGCCGUCGUUUCUCGGCCCACAAGUUCUAACUAUCACUGUGAACACUUACGUGAUACCCGUGUAGUGAAGGCAACACACAUUCUGUUGGAUUGCACAUGUGGUUCUCGCACAGCGGCUCUCGGACUUCAAGCAACACGUUGGUAUGGCUCGGAUACGAGUGUCAUCAUCCCUCCUCCUACUACUCUUUGUCGGCUUAGCGUCGGCCGAGAUUUACACAGACCAGUUCGUCGUGCACGUACAAGGCGGGACGAGGGUUGCAAGGGAGUUAGCGGAAAAGCAUGGCUUCUCCUACUUAGGAAACCUCUUCGAUGAUUAUCAUCAUCUCCGACACAAGAGGCUGGCAAAACGCUCCCUCGAGCCUAGUCUACAACAUCACAAGUCAUUACAGCAAGAAUCCAACGUCCAUUGGUUUUCACAGCAAACGUUGAAGCGGCGUACGAAAAGAGGCUACCGUACGCCCGCAACUCCACUGAACGAUGCGCGAUGGCUGGAUAUGUGGUACUUGAACCGAGGAGGCGGACUGGACAUGAACGUAGAGGAAGUCUGGAAGAAGAACAUCACCGGUCGAGGUGUCGUGGUCACCAUCUUAGACGACGGCCUCGAGAAGGAUCACCCGGACCUUGUCGACAAUUAUGAUCCCCAGGCCAGCUGGGACAUGAACAAUCACGAUUCUGAUCCGCAGCCCAGAUACGACAUGGUGGAUUCUAACAGGCACGGUACGAGGUGUGCAGGCGAAGUUGCCGCGGUGCACAACAAUUCUAUUUGCUCAGUGGGCGUGGCGUACAGUGCUGGUAUCGGAGGUGUGCGCAUGCUGGAUGGUGACGUGACAGACGUGGUGGAGGCACGGUCCCUGUCCCUGAACAACCAGCACAUUGACGUGUACAGUGCCUCGUGGGGGCCCGACGACGACGGCAAGACGGUGGACGGUCCUGGGGAGCUGGCGACACGUGCGUUUCGCGAGGGCAUCGAGAAAGGCCGCCGAGGGCUGGGAUCAAUUUUCGUCUGGGCCUCUGGCAACGGCGGCCGAGACCGCGACAACUGCAACUGCGACGGCUACACCAACUCCAUCUGGACUCUGUCCAUCAGCAGUGCUACGGAGAACGGUCUCGUGCCUUGGUACAGCGAGGCUUGCUCUUCCACCCUGGCUACCACCUACAGCUCCGGAUCCACCGGGGAGCGACAAAUUGUGACAACAGAUCUCCAUCACAGUUGUACAUCAACUCACACAGGGACAUCAGCAUCUGCUCCACUAGCUGCAGGCAUAUGUGCCCUGGCAUUAGAAGCAAACCGAAAGCUUACGUGGCGGGACAUGCAACACAUUGUAGUCCGGACAGCCAGGCCAGCAAAUCUCCAUGCCAGCGAUUGGCUGACGAAUGGAGUCAAUCGAAAUGUGAGCCACUCUUUUGGUUACGGCCUCAUGGACGCAGCAGCCAUGGUUGAUCUGGCCAAACGUUGGACUACCGUUCCUGCUCAGAAGACCUGUAUGGUUAAGGCUGACCCCAUGGAUAAGAUGAUAUCGCCGAAGAGCAGCGUGGAACUGAAAUUGGAAGUAAACUGUUUGAAUGUGAAGUUUCUGGAGCACGUGCAGGCUAAGGUCACAUUGUCAGCAACGAGGAGGGGCGACUUGCAUAUUUAUUUGACGUCUCCCGCAGGAACAAGGUCGACCCUUCUUGCACAACGGGCCCUCGAUAAUUCUCGUUCAGGCUUUCAGGCAUGGCCCUUCAUGACGGUCCACUCUUGGGGUGAGAGCCCAAACGGAAUUUGGAAGUUGCAGGUGCACAAUGACGGACGAUACUUUGCAGGAAGGGCGUCGUUGAAAGAAUGGUCCUUAAUCCUGUAUGGCACGACGGAAGACCCAGACGAUUUCAUGAAAUCACCAACUGGGCCGAAAGUUCCGGAAGAGAGCGCGACAUCGAAGGAACCGCCGCCAGUGACCCAGCCGCAGAACGAAAUAGCACCACAAACAACUCAAGCACCGACUGCAAAGACCACAGUGGAGUCAAAGACAUUCCCAGUUUACAGACCGAUGAAACCUCCACCAUCGUUAGAACGGCCACCGAAUGAGCAAGAACACUUAGACAACUUCUUGCGGCCAGGCUCGCGAAGGCCAGCAAGCCCCCCAGGAUUUCCGGUGGCAAUUCAUGGGACGCGCGAGAACUCGGACCGCAGUCCGUCAUCGUCGUCAUCCGAUGUGCAACGCAAACCGAUGGCGCCAGAUUCUGCUGCUUCGCCCUGCGGCAUUGCAGCGCCCUGUAUAGAAUGCCCACCGUCACAGUUCAUCUACUUCAACAUGUGUGUCGACGACUGUCCACCAGGCAGCUACAGAUCCAUCAACGACGUGGAAGAUGACGAGGGAAAGAAACGUGGCCAACCCGCGUGUCUGCAUUGCCACUAUUCAUGCAAGGUGUGCAAGGGUCCCAAUGACAACGAAUGCGCAGAAUGCUACCCUGAUGCUGAGCAUACCGGUGAAGGCUACUGCCAGCCAAAAAACUUGGUGGAGAAACUCAACUUGGAGAUUGGCUGGUACAGGGCAAUGACCAUCUCAAUAAUGACGCUGUGCAUCAUUAUUGUGGGGGCUGUGGCAUUAUUUUUCAUGACGAGCACCUCGUUCUGCAAUUUUUGCUGUUCGAGUAGUCGCCACGAUUCCAAUGGGGCACGAUACUCUGGGCUCCCGGCGCAGACCAGCAUGUUUGCGGAAGAGAACGGGCAUCCAGCUGGAAUGGAGCAGUACAGGGCCAGUGAUGUUAAGAAGGCAAAGCCGUAUCGGGACGAUGACAUUUAAGCCACGAACAAGAAAUGUGUAAACUAGAGUGGAAAUUGCAAGAAGCAUCGUGUGAAACUGAUCGUGCUUGCAGACUGUGAUAUUCUAGAGCUCGUCAGAUGCAUUCAGCAACCAUCGUCAAAUGAUCUGAAGAUGAUUUUUGCAACGUGAGCAUCUACUGAACGUAGGAGCACCUACGUUUCAAUAGCUGCGCCUGCAUCUGGAGCACCCGAUGUGGAGCUUUUAUUCAGCUCUCACCUUAGCUGCUUAACGUGCAUGAAGACACACACAACCGUGCUGAGGAGCGUAACAACAAAAAGACACAGUGGUGGUGUAAGCAUUCCUAUGCACUCAAAAGACAAUUUUUGUACAAACAAAUGUUACAGUUGAACACAUGAGACAGAAAGGGAGCCUUCAGUGCUGACAAGUGGCUAAGUGCUUCCAGAACAAUUGUGUGGAUGUGUUGAGCCUUUGUUUCUACCUACUUCUCGGGGCGGGGGUACUCUACUGCAAAACUGCUGCUACAAGAGAGCUUUCAAACUGGCAAAUGGGUUCCUUGGAGAACUCAUAAUAUCUCAGUAACUAUUGUAAAACACGUACAACAUGGUGGGAUUUUCAGGUAGAGCUGGGACUAGGACUUCCUCCUUUGAACUAGUUCUAAGCAAGUGAAGGUGCAGUUUUUCCUCUCUCUCUCUCUUUCCUGGGUGGAGAGAGCGAAUUGCUAUAUAGUUCAUUGCAUGCUUUACACAAGCUGCACAUUAGAGGAAAUCCGAUCUUUGGAAAGAUCUAGUACCUUGUGGUCUAGAAACUGGCUAUUUUGAGUCCUCGAUUUUACCAGUGCCUAAAAUUUUAACAUUGCUAAUUAAUGAACUGAUAGCCAUGGCUGGAGUUCACAUUCAGGCACUCCUAAAUGAACAGGUGGAAUGUCCUACCCACUGGCCUCUGUCUCGCUUCACCCAAGGUUGCAGGUUCGAUCCUAGCCAUGGCUGCCAGCAAGUUGCUCACGUGGUACAAGCUCUUCUUCCACAACAACCUCUAAACCGACUGUGUUGCGUGCCGAUACCUUGGAACAUAGAUCGCCAGCAAGUCCAAUUGGGGAAGACAACGGUGGCAUGACUUGCAAGCAACGACAUGCACAACUUCGCGUUACACCAGUGGGAAAUUGCAUCCUUUUUGUCAGUUUGUCACCUGGGCAUUACACGAUCAUGAUUGUCUCAUAAUGUGAAAUUAAUUAUGAAUAGAAUUCUUGAAAAUUCCACCAUGCAUACAGCAGAAAAUCAUUUGCAAAGUGUGUUUGACACUGAAGACAUCACGUGCAGUGUACCAGGCAGUCUUUGAGUAGUGCUUAUGUUCAGAGCAAAGGACACAGGAGAGAAUAUGUGGAUUCUCCACCAGGUUUCUAAUCUUCUAUUUCUUUUCUUCCUUGCAUUCUCUUUCUAAUCUGAUCCUUUUCUACUUUUAUUUGAUGUCUUACGCUAUUAGGUCUUAUUGCCCAAUCCAUCGUCGACCUUGCCUGCCUAUAUGCUAUUUUAUUGCCCAAUGUUUUCUCUCUCUGUUUGUGUCUAUACUAACUGUGUUUUCUAGUCUACUUUUUUUACUUGUUGACUCUGCGAUAAGAAAGUGACCAACGUCAGUGUAUGAACGUGUGUAUGUGUGUUUUGCAGGCAUGAUUCCUGCAUAUUUUAAAAUUUUUAAUGUACAUGUUCAGCAAUACCUAUGAACUCGAGCUGGUUAAACAGAAACUGCAAAACAAACCUUUUGCAAGUCAAUAAAGAUCAAUGUGAAGUAAUGUAA